AUGAUCCGACAUGCCGAUACUGAGAUCAUAGUGAAGACAAAAGCUAGCAGAGCUGAAGUCAAGUUGCUGAAGAAGAUGCUUGAGUGGGAGGGUGAACGGAAUCAGUUGUUGCAGGAUAGAGAUGUUGCUGUUAAGGAGAAAGAUACUGCUAUUAAUGAGGGAGUUAGAAAGGCACGGAAGGAGUGGGAGAAGACGUAUGUUACGAAGAAGAAGUAUUAUGAAAUGAAGGGAGGGCUAGAGGGGAAGUAUAAGGAGGUUGAGGAGCAGUUAAUGGAUGUUCGGAGUAAAACUCUUACACUUUGA